CCCCAAGCCUUGUCCCAGCUGUCGGCUUGGCGUCAAUCGGUGUCUUCUGGAACGAGGAACUCCUUAACGAACCCCGAUGACACAACUUUGGAAACCUUGAACAAGGCCGCGGUCCUACGACGGAAUGGAAAUCGGAUGUUCAUUUCGGGCGUCAACCAACCGAGAAGACAUGCGAGGACUCACCCUCAGAGAAAACAUGUCACUGACCACGAUCCUAUGGAGCACCAUGAGAACUGGGACACCUGGGCUUCCGUUGAACUCACGUUGAGGUCGUGUGCAGCCCGCCCGAGCCGAUGCCCGCGAGCUAGAAUGACGCCUGUAA